AUGGGAUUUCUUCCCUGCUCCGGACCCUGCGCCCGGGUGGUGACGACUUCAUUUACUGACUAUUCGGAAGAUGAAGGGUAUUUGGUCCUCAGCCAGGGGCAGGUGGUUUUCGUGGAAUACGUCGGUGAUGAGGAAUCCCAGGAAGUCGGCUGGCUCUACGGAUAUAAGUCUGGCUUGAAUGGCUCAAAGUGCCACGGGUGGUUUCCCCAGUAUGUGGUGCCACCAGUGGAGCGCUACGAGGAUUCUGAGAACAAGGCCUUGGAAAGCCCAAGCGGGCGGAUUCCUAGGGUUGUGGGGCCACGGACGGCGACCCCACCUCCAGAGGAGACCGAGUUGCAUGGAGCCAUCACCCCUCCACCCAGCGACGAGGAAGACGUUUGUCCAGGAGUCGCCGCGCCCGCACCCGGCGCGAGCUGGCUGGCGCUGCCUGAACCGUCGCCCGCAGCGGACCCCGCGUCGGACCCUCCGACGCCGGCGGGGCAGCCCUUGGCAGCCCAGCUUCCGGAGCCUGGCUUCGACAGCCCGCAUGGGAGUGCCGAUUGGUCGGAUCUGCGCGCCGUGCUGCAAGGUUUAGACGUCGGGAAGAACUUGCCCAUGUACAAGUUUCGCCAAGAGCUCCAAGAGAAAGUCUUGAAGAAUCGUGUCGUGUUCGUGGACGCAGACACGGGAAGUGGCAAGUCCACCCUGGUACCUCUUUGCUUGGCGGAGCAAUGCAUGCAGGAAGGCCGGAGCUGCCGCAUCGUGGUGACGCAGCCCCGGCGCGUGGCCGCCAAAGGCUUAGCUCAGCGAGUGGCUCAGCAGGUAGGGCAAGACGUGGGAGAAUUGAUUGGAUAUCGCAUGGGUGGUCAUGAGAAGAAGGACAACCCCUCCAAGGGCAGUGUGGUCUACGUCACGGUGGGCCACUUCUUAGAAGCGAUCGUUCAUAAUCCGACUCACCUGGACAGCUACAGCCACAUCGUCCUGGACGAAGUGCACGAGCGCUUCGUGGAGGCGGAUUUUCUCAUGGCCUUGCUGCGAUUGAACCUGUCCCGACCCGAGACCUGGCACCAGCGGAUCAUCGUGAUGAGCGCCACGCUGCAGAAGGCGCUCUACGCAUUCUUCCGGCCCACCAUGCUCCCCUCGCCCCAUCUGGCAGAGAUGGUGAGCGUCACCUCUCCAGGAAGUACGCCCUUUCGGGUGGAGGACAUCUAUUUGGAUUCUGAACUGCUGCGACGCUACCAUCCUGGAGUCAUCGACAAUGCUCCACCGUUUGGACCUCUAAUGCCUUCCAGCCUCGUGUCUGACAAGCCACAGGUCAGCUCUGAUCGGCUCACGAUGGCCUGCAAGAAUUUGACCAAGACUGGUGCAAGACUCCUUCGAAGCCUCUACGAGGUGCAUCAUAUCCAUGUGGUUUUGGCCUUCCUUCCAGGCUUAGAUCAGAUUCAAGAACUCAAGAAGUUGUUGGACAAAGAAGCGGACUCGAUGCACGAGCUGCACAAGUUCAAGCAGCAGAGAGAUCCGAACAUCGGUCCCUUCAAUUGGCCAGACAUCAUUCUGAUGCACUCGGCUCUAGACAAGACAGACUACGAACGUGCAUUAGAACCAUCUGAUCCGGGAGUGUGGAAGGUGGUCCUCGCGACCAACGUGGCCGAAUCCUCUGUCACGGUGCCGGACGUGGGUGCCGUGGUGGACUUUGCCAUGCACCGGACCAACAAAUAUGACGAUGAGAAGAAGAUGUCCAUGCUCCUGACGACCUGGUGUUCCAAAGCCUCGCUGAAGCAACGCCGGGGGCGCACGGGGCGCACCUGCGAUGGGCGCUACUACUGCAUGGUGGAGCGGAGGCUCUAUGAGGCGCUACAGGACUUCGACGACAGCGGCGUGGAACGGUCCUCCUUGACGAAGGUGGCGCUCGAGGGGGCCUACCUGGCCGAGCGCCUCAACAAGCCACCGCUCAUCCGCUCGAGGUUGCCAGCCCUGCUGAGGGGCCAUGAGAACGAGCACUUCGUGCACUUCUUCGAUGGUGUUGCUGGAAUGUGGCAGGUCGAAGACAAGGUCACAGGUGUGGUCUCUUGGGCGCCUGAAGAGGACUUGAUGUUGAAUGAGCUGAAGCUGGAUCACAUUCUGGAGCUUCUACCUUCUCCACCUGGCAUGUCCCGAGUCAACACGGCCGUCCGGGACUUACAGGAUCUCGGCACCUUAACAUUGGACGAGCGCCCGACUGCACUGGGCAUCGCUUGCCUGAAGCUUCCAACCGAGGUGGUUUUGGCCCGGUUGGUGGUCAUUGGCUGGGCCAUGGGAAUGAGCGAAAGUGCCUGUAUCUUAGCAGCGGCUCUCUCCUUGACUCCCAGCUGCGAUGUGCUACGGACUCCUGUCAACACUCGAGACGAGCUGAAAGACGAAGACUUGAAACGCCUCAAGAACACGGUGGAUGCACGUUCCAAAGCGGAUAGGGGAUACCUCUCUGAGCCUAUCUUGCUCCACACGCUCUGCCUUGAAUGGUUGAAAGCUCGUCGGGGCGACCAGACUGCUGGAGAGAAGCUCGGGGGUGUGCCGACCCUGCAGUCUGUGGAGAAAGAUAUCAUCCAUCAGAGGCUUUGGACUCAAUUCUCCAACAAGGUGGUUGAUCUUUGGAGGUCGCUGGCGCGCUUGUCCCCUAGAGAGGAGGAGCAGAGCAGGCUACGGGUGCUGCAAGAGGUGGCGCAAGGAAAAUGGAGACCUGACUGGGAAAGCUACCUGGAAAGUGACCCAGAGAAGCUCUUGGCGCUCUUGACUUUCGGGCUCGCUCCAGGAACCUUUGUGGCCGUCGGCCAGUCUCCUAGCCUCUACGGCAAAGGUACGUAUGGCGAAUUCUGGAAGAUGGCGCAGCAGUCAGAGUGGAAGCCUUCAGAUUGCCUCUAUUGGAAGCACGAGCAAACGGAGGUCAGACAAGUUCUGAGACACCUGGAAUCGGGUAGGCGUGGAAGUUUGCAACACAUGUCAGAGGAUGAUAUCAAGGAGCUGCAAAACGAUUCCUAUUUGCAAGAUGAAGAGAACAAGCACCCCUGCAUGUUGCAUUUGGAUGAAACUGCGCUCCCACCACAGCGCUUGGCCUUACACGACGAGCGCCAGAGACUUCAAGCACCACAAGAGAGACUGUUGCCGCUGGAGUUCGAGUUUCUCUAUCGGCUUUGCUCGCCGUUUAACGGCAAAGCCAACAUCGACAAUCUGAAAGUGAAGUCUUGUCCCCAGCAUCCAUGCGCCAUGAAUUGGUACAUGCCCAUGCCUUCGAACGAGGGAGAUCGGCUCAUAGAGGUUUGCCUCAACUGGAAAUCCCCAGCCUAUUCGUUGCUGAGCGGACAGACGCGGCCCGGGCGGGACGCCAACUCUCGCUGUCGCCCCAAGCGCUUCCUGGUGGCCUGCGGUGGAGACUACCGGACAGACUAUCACGGGGACACACCCACGCGGGUCACGGUCCUUCGGGGCGUUUCGGUCUUGCCUGCGAAACACCGUGGGCGCCAAGCUUUGCUCUGGCUCUUGGCCUCGGGAAUACCGAAAGACGCGAAGAUGACGGCGCUGUGCGCACCGACGGCAGGCUUAGAGCCUGGACGCUUCGAAAUUCGAGGCGUGUGGAUGUGGGAGAGGACUUUCCGGCUAUCCAACGACGCGAUCCUCAGCGCGGAAGACCUGCGCGCGGUGAAUCGCUUUCGGGAAGCCUUGAAGCAGCUGCAGUCAUACCAGACUCAUGCCUGGGCUGGAGAUUGGAUGGAUCAAUUUCGGACAGCAGUGCGCAUUGAUUGCCUCGGAGAGUACCUGAGGGUUUCGGACCAAAGUGUCCAAGAUGCAAAGACGUUCUAUUACCGCAGCGUCGAUGGCGCUUGGGUAGCUGCUGAAGAGGGGCAAGAAAUGCUUGUGGAGUUGUCGGAGGGUCAGCUUCAGUGGGGCGAGCGGAUGCUGACGCGAACUGAAGAAGACUUGGCGAUCUUCAAGCAGUUCAACCCCAGCAGUGUUCAGGCCUUUCACCAGGCUGCGCGAGACUUCUUGCAGGUGGCUUCGGCCGAGCCGCAACGGCGGGGUCCGUGGCCUGGACGCUUCGUGCCUUUGUGCGCGGACGGACCGCUUUCGGCCUUCAACCUCGAGCGCAUCGACGGGCUGUUGGAGCCCUUCCGUGAAAGACUCCAGGAGAUGCCUCAGCUCAGUGGCUUCGUCUCGGAGGAAGAGGAGGAGGAGGAAGAUGAUGAGGCGGAUGAUGAUGAAGAGCCUUACAUGGACAAAUCGCUGGAGAACGUUGACAAGGACCUGAUGUGGCGGCUGGCCGAAGAGGAAGACUUCAAACCGGACGACUGCCGAUUCAUCAUCCUGCCAGAGAAUUCCCUGGCGCUGCCCACCGCGGCCACGUGCACGCGAUGUCAAGAAGAAGGCAAAAACUUCUCGCGAAAGCAGCUGGGCCGGCCGAUCUACCUCCGCUUGUGCACGGACUGUGUGGCACUGGCCCAUGCCGAGCAUCAAGGAAGCGUUUACAGGAAGGCGGAUAAGACCAUCAUGAGAAGUGGUGCAGGCCCGAUGCCACCUCCGCCGACGUUGGUGCCUGCGGCGCAAGGGAAGAAAGUGUGCUCGGUGUGCCAAGUGGAACUCACCCCGCUCAACAGCACCGAAACGCAGCGGAAGCGACCCGUGAGCAAGCGGAAAUGCGAGGCACUCGGACCGCGGGACCCGCGGACCGGGGCGGCGCGAAGGACCGCGGCGAAGGGCGAGGCGAUCGAGGAUCGAAAUCCUCGCAUCGAAGCGCUGGUGGCGGAUGCACGCUUGGCUGGUGUCGAAGACCAUUUGAUCCGGCAGGCGGAGACCCUGCGGAUCGGGAACCAGCGCUGUGCCGCGUCGGAAGGCACGUUGAUGUGA